CCGGAUCCGGUGCCGCGCGAGCGAAAGCGCUGCCCCGCAGCCCGCGCCGCAACGCUCUUGGAGCUGUUUGAUCGACGAACCGGUGCUCACCCAAGUCCGCCCGGCUCCUCGGUCGAUUGGGGUGCCGACAGGCUCACGCCCGAACGAGCAGUCCCGGCGCCGCGUGCGGGAUUGCCAGCCGCGCGACCGCGACUCGCGCGCGCAAUGGCGGCGCCGGCCCAAGCGCCGGCCGCCGCGCGCGCCGCGAUCACUGUCCAUGCCUGCGACCAGCAGGGGAAGAAGCAAACGUUUAAGGUCAACUCGACGACCAAGAUGCAAGCGCUCUUCGACGCCUACGCGAAGAGCGAGGACGUAGACUCGCGCUGCUUCCUAUUUAAAGGCUCGCGCGUCCACGCCGAGCAGACGGCCGCGGACCUGGGGCUGGUGGAGGGUGACCAGCUCGACGUCGAGCUCGUCACCGGCGAGGAAGCGGAAGCGGCGGGGGACGAUCCGGACCUUCUUGGCAAUUUCUAUUUGGAUCGGCUGCGAGGCGACGCGGCGACGCGGCCGAUCUGGGCUCUCUCGCGAGGUCUGGCGGGGGUUGUGGACGAGGCUUCGGGAAAUUACGAAAAUGAAUGCUCCAUGGCAAGACCGCUCGCCGCGCUGGCAGCGACCUGCAAACGGGCGCGGGACCUCUGUACGCCGGGCCUGCGCGCGUGGACACGAAGCACGUUUGGCGGUGCGAUGGACGUUGUAGCCAUACCGCCAGAAGGCCACUCUCGCGGAACGGCCGACGAACGCGAAGCGGACCACGAUGCUACGUUCGAAGCUCUUAUGUUCCUGCGCGCGGCAAUUAUACACCGCGCCCCGUCCGUGCUCCACCUGCGCGAGGGAUUAGCGACACAUUGCCUCGCGCUCAUACGCGACGCCAGUCGCUGCGCCGCCUGCCGCCUCGCGGCGUGCCACGCGCUCGCGGGCUUGUACGCCAGUCUCCAGGAAAAGGAUACGGCGGAGAGCAAACGUCUGCGCCUGAUGAUCGCGGCGGGCGUCUGCGAAGGUCUGAACGCGGAUGCAAAGGUGGCGCCCGAGCUGAACGCCGACGGCUUCGAGCUCUUCGACCGCGCCGACGGCCGCCGCGCGUGGCCGGAGCUGUGGGACGCGGCACUGCAGUGCGUCGACCUCGAGCCGUGUUAUGUGCAUGAAAACGUCAGAAACGACGACUGCGGCGCUCGGACCAUCGCCAUUGCACGGAUCGCACGCCGGGUCGACGAUAGCGUAGACGCACCGAUAGCCUGGGACACUGACGACGAAGACGACGUCGAGCUCGACCUGGGGCUGAGCGUGGCCGGCGGCCGGCGGCGGCAGGCGCGCGGCGAGUUGGCGGACGAGUUUGUGCGCCGAAGUGCCGGCCGCCUGAGGCGAGAGCUCCGGGAGUGCGUGGGAAGCGUGAUCGCGCUGGCAGGCAUCGCCCUCCGUACCGCGACAUGCGACCUCGAUGACCAAAUGCAGCGCUGUCUCUGCGCCCUUCUCGCGGCCGCGCUGCGCACCGACGGGCAGGACGACGACGAGGACUGCGAUUCCUCGCAACGCAUCGCCUACACCGCCGCCACCGUCGCGGCCCGGCUCCUUUCAAAUGCACAAGCCUGGAAUCUGCGUCCGGUGCGGGCGAGCGGGCUGCCUCGCGCCCUUGCCGCUAGAUGUAGGCGGUCCAAUUUGCCCCCUGUCGGCCCAGAUGACAUAGAUGAACUCACCUCGCUAAGAGAUGAGUUCAGGAACCUGAACGAUGCCUCGGCAUUGCCGGAGAUGGUGCUGGCGUAUGAUCUUUUUUUCGGCGACGGGGACAUGGCGAUUGACAGUGUUAUAGCAUCCGUCGCGAUGGUGGCGCUCGUCAACUACGUCCCAAAGGCGCCGACCGACGGCUGUGCGCUAGUCUUGACAACCUCUUGUCCGGAGGCGCAGGAUCUGAAGGAUUUAAUAAAUUCAAUGACUGCCAAGUUCUCGCUCUCGGCGGUCGACGCCGCGAUCAUGCGCGUCGCCGCCCGCGACGCGGACGGCGCCGACGACGAGGCCUACCACUCGGCGGUCGCUGUGCUCGUCGAACAUGUUGUAUCCGCUGGCAGCACGUGGGUGGACCUGACGGACCGUGGUACCAUUGACGCGCUAGUCGAUGUGAUCGUGCGCGAGAGCACGAGGCCCGCCAUGCUUGGUGCGGUUCCGGGAACGUUUUCUCAUUUGUUACGCGUGUCGACGGAUACCCCGCGCACGGACGCGGGGCUUCUGAGGAAUCUUAUACGUGUGGCCGUUGCCCUCUGCCGGCUCGCCGCCGACAGUGAUGAGGCGAGCACAAAUCUGAUCACCGAUUCUCUUUUGGCGCUUCUGACAGCCGCGCCGCCUUCGCGCGACGUGGUCUACGUCAUGGCGCGGGCCCUCGCCCGCGGUGGCGCGUUCUUGAAGGGGGGUACCAGAGCCGGUGUCCUCGUCGCUUCGCUAAUCAAGCACACGACGCACUCUCCACCAGGAAGGCUGGGCCUUGUGCCACUGCUCAUUUGCGACGAAACCGUAGAGGUCCUGUUGCCGCUCUUGAGCUGUGCCGAUUGGAUCCAAAUUCCGACGGACGUUGGUAUUUUCGAAGUCUUUACUGCUUACCCGUCCCCCGGCUUCUAUGACAAACAUGACGGCCGCCUGCAGGUGAGGGACGUGGCCGCCCUGCUGCUGUGCGUUAGGUCGCUGCGGUUGCCUGACGACUUCAUGGCAAAGUUCGACGAUGACAAUUGCUGGGACUUUGGCGCGGGACUCGAUAGCGCGGACGGCUACGACUACGAUGACCACCGAUGGGAACACGUCGGAAAACUCACGCUUGAACACUUUCGGGCGCUGCUCGACAUUGUCAAGGACAGUGCAUAAAUCUCCGCCACUGCUGAAUUAUGACAUCCACGCCAUCGACGCGACGCCAGCUCGACCCGACUCACCGGUUGAUUUAUGCACAGGCCAAGGACGCGGGCCGGCCGUCCGCGCGGAUCGUCUACGAGUUUCUGCGCUACCUAUCGCAAUCGAUGAUGCGAAAGGACUCGCCCGAAUUUAGCAAGGCCUUGUUCGUGCCGGUGGCGAUGGCGCUCAAGGAACACGGCCACCUCGCGAAGUGGGGUAAAAAGGGCCACAAGACGGCCGAGAAGCUGCUCAAGACGCUCAUGAAGCUGGGCGACGACUGCGUCGUGGUCGCGCUCGACGCCUUCGCGGAGGCGGCGAUAGGAGUCCAGAAGCGCAUCGCGAAGCGGCGCGCCGCGCGCGGAGGCGGCACUGGCGGAGGCGGCGCUGGUGAUGGUGCGGCUGAGGACACGGCCGCGCGCCAGGCGGCGGCGGACCAGGCGGCGGCAGAUCUCCUCGCGUCGCUUGAGGCCGAGGAGCACAGGCCGGGGACCACGAAGAAGUCCAGAAAAAAAGGCAAGAAAGCGUCGGUGCCCGCGCCCGCGCCCGCGCCCGCGCCGGCCUCCGCCGCGGAGGUGUCGUCUUCGUCUUCGUCUGAGGACGACGACGACGACGAUUUGCUGCUCCUGGCGAAACAACAAGCUUCGCGGUCGGCGCCGGCGCCGCGCGCCCGCGCCCGAACGAAGGCGCCCCCUGCUGCGGCGCCGCGCGCCCGCGAAGUUAAUCCCGCCAUGGCCUUCGCGAGCGCGCUCCGCGGCUGGAUCGUUUCCCGGGGCGGCCGCAUCGUCGGUACGGAUCUCGCGCAGUUCUACAAAAGCCCGGCGGCGCGUGGACUUUCAGUGCCGAAGGGCGGCGCCCUUAAGCUACUGCGGACGGUGGCCGCUCCUGCCGGCCUGCGUAUCUCUCAGGACGGUCCGCGCAUUGUUAUCUCCAGCGUCGGGGCCGUAGCGAUGCCUCCGCCGCCACCGCCGCAGCCGAAGCCUCCCGCCGCCCCCACCGCCCCCCGCCGGGCCCUUUCUGACCUCGCCGUCGAUGAUGAUGAUGAGGACGACGCGACGCCGGCGCGGAGGACACGACACGAAAACGCGGAUGUCCCGAGGCACGCCGUUGAGGAUUUACUGAAGCUGGAAUCAAACGCCGGGUCAAUAACGGAAGAAGCUUUGAGAAAACUGGGCCGCCUCGCCGGACGCACGGCCGGUAGCCGCGCCGUGCCGGCCGACGAGGAGAAGGCGCCCGACGCCGGCCCCGCGCCGUCGCUCCUGCCGCUACUUACCGCGCCGGCGGCGGACGCCGGCGCGUCGUAUGCGCUCGACGCCCCGCUCGCCGCCCUCCUGGCGCGCCUCGACCUGAAUCACAUAGCCGGAGCGCUGGCAGCGGAGGAGAUUGAUAUCGAGGCCCUUCCGCUUUUGUCGAUCAGUGACCUCGUGGACAUUGCGAUCAAACCAGAAGAUGCUGAGAAGCUUCUGGUGGCGGCCGUGGCGCCGCCGCCCGCAGCGCCGCCGCCGCCGCCGAUCGCGACGCCGUCGACGCAAGAGUGCCCGCUGUGCAUGGACGGCGACCGCGAGAUCGCGCUGGUCCCGUGCGGACACGUCCUCUGCGCCGGGUGCGCGGGCCGGCACGCGACGGAGAGCUGCCCGAUGUGCCGGCAGGAUGUGGCGUCGACGAUGAGGGUGUAUUUCUAAGUUCUGUUAUGUGCAA